AUGGAUCUUUCAAAUUACUUAGUAAUAAAUUCAAACGAAUGCAACAAUUGUGGCAGUGGUGUGACAAGUGAGAAUAAGGGGAACCAGGAUCCGAAUUGUGUGGAAGAAAAUAAUAUUGGUGAUACUCAUAUUAAGGAAUCGGACAAUGAAGUAAAUAUUACACCAAACAGCUGUCAAAAGCAAGACGAAGAAAUAGUGGAAACCCAAUUAGAGGGAAUCUCACCUCAAGAUCAAUGUAAACACAAUAUGACAAUUACACAAUUUUGUGAAAAAACAGUUUCACCAUAUGAUGACACUAAUGAAAACAGUCAUUCGAAAGAACCUAAAUCAUUGAAUGUAGCCAACAAAGCAUCUAAUAUUCCUACUACAGGAAAUGUGAACGAAAUAACUCCAUUGGAAACAUCCAAUUCAAGCGAAUCGACGUACGAUAAUGGGUUAUAUAAAAUUAAUCGGGAUUUGAAUGUUAGUAAUGAAGGAUGGGAAGACAAGACAAACCACGAAGAAGACAAGAACAAUUCGGCAGAUAAUAUUGAUGAGAAUAGUAAAAACUUUUCAGAUAUUAAAAAUGUUUUCAAUAACAAUGUUGGAAAAGGAAAUACAUCUCUAUCAGACGAAUACAAAGAAAAAGAUGCACAUUACGUCGAAGUUGAUACCGAGAUCCAAUGUGGAUCCUGGAAUGGAAUAAAUAGAAAAAAUGUUUUCAUUGAUAAGAAGAUUGAAGGUGCAGAAUCAAUGGGGUCAAUGAAUGAAAGUACUAAAAAUGAAAAUAUAAGGAAAUGUGAUAAUAAAGAAGAACCAAACCUAGAGACAAAAUCAGAAAAUGCAGACGACGUUGAGAGCGGAAAUAGCGUGCUAUUUGGUGAACAUGAGCGUGAAAAAGAAGAAAAAAACGGUAGUAUGGAUUGCGGCACGUCGACGAAGUCAAUAAUCAACAAAAACGAUUUACGAACAAAUAAACUUAAUAGACACCCAAUGGCCACUAUAUUACACACUACUGAAGAAAUAUCAUUCACAAUAGAUUCGCCGAUACAAAAUGAAAUCAAAUCAUAUAAUCUUGAAAAUCCAAUUAAUCAAACUAAUGUUGAUUCCGUUAUGUCAAAGGAAGAUUCAACGCUACAGAAAACUAUUGCGGGAGAAAAAGAACCAACCACCCGAGAACCAGAGUUAAUAAAUAACGAAAGUUGUCUGCCUAAUAAAACGGACGAUGUCUUAAAUUGUUCCAAAAUUGAAGAAAAGCCAGAACAUCUUCAAAUGACGGAAGUCGAGAUAAAAGAAAUACAAACUAAAACCCAUGAACAAUCCCCUGAUAUUGACAGGGAAAUUAAUAGUGAGCUUGAAAAUCAACAUAUUAGCGAUACGAAUAAGGACUUAAACAAUUUGAAUGUAAAUGCAAAAGCGGAAAAAAUGUCUGAAACAGAAGAUUUCAAACAUGAAACACUACGUGUAAUUGACAAUUUAGGUGGGGAAACAACUAAUAAUAAGUCACAUAAAACAGAACAUAGCAUGAAUGGGGAAUUGAAAUAUAACCCCCACGAAAACCACAAUCAAAAUUCCCAGAAUGAAGCAAAUGCAAAAAACGCUAAUAAAAGUGCUAACGCUAAUAAAAACAUCUCAGAUUCUGAGGUAACAGACAUUGAGCAUCAAAGCUCUCUAAACUUCGUGAAGAAAACUCCAUAUUCAAACCCAACUAUAUCUGUAAUAACUGGGAACUUCGGUAAUGCGGAGAUAAAUGAAAAAUCACAAAACGUAAAGGAAAUGGAAUUAGAACAUCAAUACACUGAAAUAUCCCAGAAAACAAUUGAAUUAGGUAAUUCAAUUCCUAUAGAACAAAUAACAUCUGAUAGUUUGAAGGAACUACCGAAUAUAGACAUUAAUAUCGAAGAGUCAUCAGAUAUUGAAAUGCAUCAGCAUUUAAAUUUCGCUCAACAAGAUAACAAUUCAGAUAUCAUUGAAGAAACGUGUGUAAAAGAAAUAGAAUUGACACAUCAAAUCUCUAACAUUUCAAAAGAAACGAUUGAUUUAGAUCAAAUAAAUCCAACAGAACCAAUAAACAUAGAUAUUAAUAUCGAAGAAACAACAGAUACUGAAGUGCAUCAGAAUGUUAGAGACGAUACUACUAACAUCAUCAAAGAAACUUGUACAAAGGAAAUAGCUGAUAACCCUGGCUUAGCUAAAGAAUCAACAAACAGGGAGGAAAGUGAACUUGAGCAACAAAACUCUCAACCUCCCCAGACAGAAAUGGAAUUGAAACAUCAAAAUUUUAAACUUUUCCAAGAAAAGAUUGAUACAUAUCAAAUAAAUCCAACAAAACCAAUAAAGUCGGAGUGCUUAAAGGGACUACCGAACAUAGAUAUUAAUAUCGGAGAAGCACCAGAUACUGAAAUGCAUCAGAAUAUAAUAUAUGAUGCUAGCAACAUCGUUGAAAAAACUUGUACAAAAGAAAUUGCUGAUAAUCAUGACGUAAUUAAAAAAUCGGCAAAUAUGGGAGAAAUAGAAAUUGAACAUCAAAAAUCUCAACUUCCCCCAAAACCAAUUGAAUUAUAUAAUGAAUUAGAACGAAUAAUGUCCGAGGAUUUGAAGGAAGAUGAUAAUAUUAAAGAAACACCAGACAUUAAAAUUAUUCUGAAAUCAACAGACACUGAUGAAAUAGAGUUGGAAAAUCAAACAACCCAAAAUUUGAAUAAAAUGAUUGCAUUAAAUAAUUUUAAUCCUGUCGAAUCAAUAUCUUCCGAGGAUUUGAAAAAGCAUCCGAACAUAGAUAUAAGUAUUCAAGAAACACCAAAUAUUGAAAUGCAUCAGAGUUUAAAUUCCACUCAACAAGAUGACAAUAUCAAAAACAUCGCAAAUAAAAAAUUAUCAAACAUUGAUGAACUAGAAUUGGAUAAUGAAACCUCUCAAAUUUCAGGAAAAACAACGGUAUUAGAUAACUUUACUCACGCAAUGUCAAUAACAUCUAAGCAUUUGAAAGAACAGCCGAAUAUGCAAAUGACCAUCCAAGAAACGCCUGAUAUUGAAAUGCAUCAGAGUUUAAAUUCCACUGAACAAGAUGACAGUAUCAACAAUAUUGAAGAGAGUUUUUCAAAAGAGAUUGCCGAAAAUCGGGUCGCAAAUAAAAAAUUAUCGAACAUUGAUGACAUAGAAUUGGAUAAUGAAACCUCACAUAUUUCAGAGACAUCAAUGAAAUUAGAUAACUACACUCAAGCAAAGCCAAUAACGUCUGAGCAUUUGAAAGGACAACCGAAUAUGGAAAUUAACAUCGGAGAAAUGCAUCAGAGUAUAAAUUCCCCUCAAAAAGAUGACAGUAUCAAAAACAUUGAGGAGAGUUGUUCAAAUGUGAUUGACGAUAAUCGGGUCGAAAAUAAAAAAUUAAGAAACAUUGAUGAUCUACAAUUGGAUGAUGAAACCUCUCAAAUUUCAGAGAAAACAAUGGAAUUAGAUAACUCCACUCAAGCAAAGUCAAUAACGACUGAGCAUUUGAAACAACAACCGAAUAUGGAAAUUAACAUCGAAGAAAUGCAUCAGAGUUUAAAUUCUACUCAACAAGAUGACAGUAUCAAAAACAUUGAGGAGAGUUGUUCAAAAGAGAUUGCCGAUAAUCGGGUCGCAAAUAAAAAAUUGACAAACAUUGAUGACCCAGAAUUGGAUAAUGGAACCUCUCAAAUUUCAGAGAAAACUAUGGAAUUAGAUAGCUCCACUCAAGUGAAAGCAAUAACGUCUGAAAAUUUGAAAGGACAACCGAAUAUGGAAAUUAACAUCGAAGAAAUGCAUCAGAGUUUAAAUUCCACUCAACAAGACGACAGUAUCAAAAACAUUGAAGAGAGUUGUUCAAAUGAGAUUGCCGAUAAUCGGGUCGAAAAUAAAAAAUUAAGAAACAUUGAUGAUCUACAAUUGGAUGAUGGAACCUCUCAAAUUUCAGAGAAAACUAUGGAAUUAGAUAACUCCACUCAAGCAAAGUCAAUAACGACUGAGCAUUUGAAACAACAACCGAAUGUGGAAAUUAACAUCGAAAAAAUGCAUCAGAGUUUAAAUUCCACUCAACAAGAUGACAGUAUCAAAAACAUUGAAGAGAACUGUUCAAAAGAGAUUGCAGACAAUCGGGUCACAAAUAAAAAAUUAACAAAAGUUGAUGAACUAGAAUUGGAUAAUGAAACCUCUCAAAUUUCCGAGAAAACAAUGGAAUUAGAUAACUCCACACAAGUGAAACCAAGGGAUUAUAAGCAUUUGAAAGAACAGUCGAAUAUUGAAAUUAACAGUGAAGAAAUGAUUGACACAGAAAAACAUCUGAAUUUAAAUUCGACCCAACAAGAUGGUAAUACUAAAAUCCUAAACGAAAUUGCCCCUAGUCAGAAGAUAAUUAAAAGAACGCCAAAUAUUGAGGAAAUAGAAUUAGAAAAUCAAACCACUGAUCUUUUACAGAAAACGAUUGAAUUAGAUAAUUCAAUUCCAGCCGAGCCAACAACAUCAGAGGAUUUAAAAAAACUACCGAAUAUAGAUAUUAGUAUUGAAAAAACAUUAGAUACUGAAAUGCAUGAGAAUUUAAAUAUGACUCGACAAGAUUCCACCACCAACAUCGUUGGAGAAACUUGUAUAAAAGAAAUUGCUGAUAAUGAAGAAGAUUUUAAACAUUUGACAGGCAUGGAGGAAACAGAACUGAAACAUCAAAACACUCAACUUUCUCAAAAAACGGAUGAAUCAGAUCCAUCGAUUCCAGCAGGAUCAAUAAUGUCCGAUGAUUUGAAGGACUUACCUAAUAUCAAUAUGCAUAUUGCAGAAACAGAAGCUAUUGAAAUGCACCAGAAUUUAAAUUCCACUCAAGAAAAUGACAAUUCUAUGGUCAUUAAAGAAAAAUGUACAAAAGAGAUUGCUGAAAAUCAUAUGGUAGUUAAGAGGUUAACAAACAUUGAUAACCCAGAAUUGGAAAAUGAAAACCCUGGAAUUUUAGAGAAAACAGUGGUAUUAGAUAACUCCUCUCAAGCAAAAUCAGUAAUCUCACACCUUUUGAAGGAACAAUCGAAUAUGGAAAUUAACGCCGACGAAACCCCAAAUACUGAAAUGGAUCAGAAUUUAAAAUUUAUAGAUACUAGAAUUGAUAAUAAUUCUCUACCAGAACCUAUAACGCCUGAGGAUUUAAGGGCAUUACCGAACACACAUAUAAAGACACAAGAUAGUGAAGAAAUAUUUCGGAACUUAAAUUUCACUUUACAAGAUCACAGCACUGAAAUUAAAGAAAUUCAUGGUAAUGCAAUAAACAAUCAAAACUCUGCAGGACCGACCGAAACCAAAACGGCGUUAACCUAUGAUAAAGUACGAGAUACAGUUUCCGACAUUUUGUCCUUAGAAUCCAAUAACAAACCAGACGAAUAUGAAAAGGUUAAUCCAUUGAAAAAUGAUUUGCUGAACAGGUGUAACUCUUCACCAGAAGCCAAUAGCAGUAGUGAUGUAAGAGAACAGCAUUAUGACGAUAAUAUUCACAACGUAAAAGAUGAUAGUCUAUCUGUAGGAGAAGAACAAGAAACGAAAUACUCCAUUGGCAACAAUCCAAGCGAAGCUAUUAUUGGUAAUCUAAAUUUGCUAACUGGUAGAAGUAGACAUGGUCUCCUAGAAAGAUUUUCUGAUCAAGUGUUUGCAGAAACUCACUUACGCUCGUUCUGGAAUGAAUAUCAAUUGAAUAACAAUCCGCACUUUGGCGUAGGCUUGAACGAAAAUCAGCUUCUUCAAAAUAAUGUGGAACAAAUUGAGAAAGAUUUCGAAAAUCCAAACAUGCUUUUAAAUAAGGAUAAACGACAAGACGACUCGUCAAGUGACACGAAGAGCAACGCGGAAAAUCUUUUAAAUUGCAAUGCCAAAGAAAGCUCUAAGUGCACUAAUCAUGUUAGGGAGGAAACUUUAGCCAAUAAAAAUACAUCUGACGACGACUCAGGAGAUAUGCCAAGUAACAAGGAAAUUAUUUUAAAUCAGAACCCUGUCCCUGCCACUAAUAUCGAGGAGACCUCUGAGUGCACACAAGUGUGUAAGGAAACGUUACUUUGCGAUUCUGCUUCUUAUGUUAUUGAAAAAUCUGGAAAUUACGUUCGCUUUAAAAACACCAACCAAGAAAGAAUUCCUAGAUAUUUUAAUGGGAUUCCAUUAACACCAAGUAAAGAAACUUUACUUCCGAAACGUAAGGUGUACAAAGAAGCUACAGCUUUUACAAUACCAUUCGAACGCCCCAAAGAGAACUUGCGCAAAAAGCAACAACCACAACAAUUUGAAUGUAAUCUAUUCAAAAACCCAGAAGACGUGAACUAUCCUGUAGAAAUUGAAUGUUUAUUGGAAUCAGAAUCACCUACAAAAUUAUUCGAUGAACUCGUUCAAUUUGAAAACGACAUUGACGCUUUCGACAUGGGUAUAUCGCAAACAAUCGAUGAUAUCAUUCGCUUCAAAUCCGAAGAACACGAUAAUGAACCUAGCCCCAGAAGAGAAAAUAUGGAAACAGUUUCAAAUAAGACAGAUACUGUUUUGCACACAAUUAUUGAACUUACUGAACCAGAAUCUUCAAAAGAGAAGGAAUGUGGUAUUGAAACAGAACCAUUUCACGAAAUUUGUGUAGUUAUUGAAAAUUCAGAUUGCGUAAAAAUGUGUCCAGUGAACAAUUUACCGAAGGACGACAACGAAAUUAAUAUGUUUCAAAAUGACAAUAAAAACAUUAUUUCCAUGACAUCGGUGGAAUAUCUUCCACCCAUCAAUAAUGAUGACGAAGCGAACAUCCAUUCGAAAACAGUCAUCGAAAAAAUAAACAAAGACAUUGCAGCUAGAAAAAUACAGGAAGUUUUCAAAAAAUUUAUGAAUGACCGACAAAUAUCUAUGAACACAUUGAAGAAAAAAGAUAUAUCGCCAGACAUAGUUAUGACAAAAGGGCCUGAUUUAAGUGAAGUGCAGCAGCACCAUGUGAAGGACGAUGAUACCCAUUCAGUGGGCAAAGCUGCUACAGUUAUUCAGAGGGCAUUCAAAUCAUAUUUACUGCAUAAACAUGAAAAUGCCGGAAAGGAUACUUGUGCAUCACCCAAGCUAUCAAAUGGUGCUCUGCGUGAUCAAAGUGCUACCAAAUCUACUUCAAAUGUAAAUGCAGAAAAUGAAGUCAUGUUAAUGGAAAACAAAUCCAUAGAUGGAAAUAUUAUCUUACCAAACAUUACGAUCGAUGCAUUACAAAAUAGUAAAUCCAUAAUAAAUGAUACUUCUUCAGAUGAAGUCACGAACGUGAAAACGGUAUCACAGGACAUUGAUAUUCCACACAAUGCCAACAAACACGCUGACGGCAUCCAAAGAAGGUUCGAGGGGCCUCUAGUAAAUCCCCAACCGAAACAUGUAGGCGAAAGUGUACAUUUUAUGAAAAAGAAUGACAGCAAUCAUUCAAAAUAUAACUCUUCUGAAUGUAAUGAUGCUGCUAUUAUAAUCCAAAAAGCCUUCAGAGCAUAUAUACAAAAAUCAUAUAAAACGCCAGACAUGUCUCUUUCAAAGUGGACAUAUAUUCGUGCAGCCCAAAUAAUUCAGAAUGCAUUUAGAGCAUAUAUGUCUAGGACCAAAAAAGAUGGAUAUUUACGAAAUGAUUCCACUUGCAAUGAAAUUAACAUAUCGCCCGUAAAAGAACAAGUUGAGACUAAUGUUAUUGAAACGACCACAUUGAAUAAAUCAGGAGAAAAACUGGAUCACUUGCAUAAAAAUAAACAAAUACUUACCAGAGAUAGAGCUGCACGAGUAAUUCAAAAAAGAUUCCGCGAAUAUAGGCAAAUGCAGGGCAACACUAAUAAUUUCGCAGUCGGAACUUACAGAGGAUGUGUACUUAACCAAACCGAAAAUAAAGCAGCUGAAACUAUUCAAAGAGCAUUUCGAAAAUAUACGAAAAAUAACAGGAAACAACUUUAUGACAACUGCUCCCAAUCCUCAGAAAUUUCAACAAAAACGUCUCCGGGAAAACCUAUCUGGUAUGUUGGCAAUGAAGUUAUUGAUGCAAUGACUCCUUCAGAAACUUCUUUCGAAGAGACCGAGGCUUAUGUAGAGCUUACAGAUAAUCCACCGUAUUUAGUUGGCAAUGCAAGUAGAACUAGUUCGGAAUCGGAAAAUGCUGUAGAUACUAAUACAAUGGCCACAGCACAAAUUAACAUAUAUAACGACAAUGAAAUCCAGAAUAAUCUACAAUACUCUAAUGCGAUUAAAGAAAAUAUUUCAGAUGUGAGUCUUAGAGAUCCUUUGAUGAAAGCAACUGCUGCCAAUCAGGUUGAAAAGGAAGAAUAUCUUGGUGAAACACCUAAGCGUGAAAAAAAUUGCAGGGAAGCAGCAAAUUUACUUGACCCGGAAUUGUUGUUAAAUACAUCUGAUAGGGACAUCGCGAUAAUGACAAUUCUUACUCAGCAAUUUAUAACAUCUGAACGGAGUCAUUCGGAAAAGCACUAUGAAAGGCAGAUGGCUUCAAAAAACUACAAUAUAUCAAAUACAAUUGAUAUCAGUAAAGAGUUCAUAAAAACCGAGAUAAAUUUUAGCAAUGUGUUGCAACCUUAUGAAAAGAUGAUGACUGUUAAGUCAGUGUCUUUAACGGCACCUCCAAACCCAUCGAACGAUUUAGAAGAUGAUGAUUCUUCAGAGACAGACAGCGGAAAUGAGGCUGACGACAGCUUGGACUGUAAGAUCAUGAAACUGAACGAAGCCGACGUUUCGAUUGAGAAAAUGAAGCAACGCCGAGAUUCUACGUCAACUAAUAAAUAUGAGUACGUUAGAUAUUCUUUUGAGGAGUCUGCAACAGUGCCUAAAAUUGAAAGCAACUUAGAUACAGAUGAGAAUUCAAUAGUUAUCAAUAAAUUGCAAAAUGAAGAGUCUCGUGAAAGUUCAUCGCAAAGUGAUGUAAUAAUAUUUGAAGAUAAAGAGAGAGACCUGAAAGAUACUGAAGAGCAAAUUGUUGAUCGACCAGCAAUUACAAAAAACGCCAUGUAUAAAACAACUACUGACAGCUUUUAUCUGGAUGAUGAUACAACGAAAAAUAUUCGUAGCAAAAUUAUGGCAUAUUCGCUCUCGGAAACUGAUUCAGACGUCUUUGAUAAAAAUUACACAGAAAAUAAAUGUCAUAUUCUCGACUAUGUCAAUGGUUCCACCGCUUUAGUUGAUAAUAUAGAUACAUCUACUGAAACCGAGUCAACGAUUGUUUCUGCCGUAACGAAACUUCAAGCCGGUGCUAGGGGUUACCUCACUCGAAAACGUUUGGGUCGUACCAGCGAUCUUAAGUCUGCCCAAGGCGACGAAAGUAGAAAGGCUUCAUUUGGCAAUGCCGCAAUAAGCGAAUCACUGGAAUUCCUAUUAAGAGAAGCAGCUGCACGAAGAAUCCAGAGAGGGGUUGCUUUGCGCAACAACUCUACGCCAGAUGAAGGGAGUAGCAAUGAAGAAACUUCGUCCAAUCAGAAUAAAAAUAUGGAACCAACCGAAGUUCAGGAUAGUAUUAAAGUUGAGCCUACUGAUUCCAAAAUACAUGCAGUAAAUAGAAGGAAAUGGAUGGCAAUGAGGCAAAAUUCUAUGCCAGUACAAAUUGAUUCGGACGUCUUCCGAGUUAUACCAAAGCAUAUACGGAAAAAAAUAAAAAGUGCAGAUGGCAACAAACAGCGACGUAACCGCAAAACUAUUUACGAUUAA